GUGCGAUGACGUCAGAGCGUCACUGCCGGUGUUCCUGGAGGUGAUUUGCUGUGUAACGUCCACAGGCCGCAACGAGGAACCGAGUGCUGAAGCGCAGACCAAGCCGACUGAAUGGAGUAUCUGAUCGGGAUCCAGGGCUCGGACUACGUGCUGGUAGCGGCCGACACGGUGUGCGCGAAUAGCAUCAUCCAGAUGAAGCAUGAUGCUGACAAAAUGUUUAAGAUGAGUGAAAAGAUUCUGCUCCUCUGUGUGGGGGAAGCUGGAGACACAGUGCAGUUUGCAGAGUACAUUCAAAAGAAUGUUCAGUUGUACAAGAUGAGAAAUGGUUAUGAAUUAUCUCCCACAGCAGCUGCAAAUUUCACACGUAAAAAUCUUGCUGAUUAUCUGCGGAGUCGGACUCCAUACCAUGUUAACUUAUUGUUGGCUGGUUAUGACGAACACGAUGGACCCUCUCUGUACUACAUGGAUUAUAUGGCUGCGUUGGCUAAGGCACCCUUUGCAGCACAUGGCUAUGGAGCCUUUCUCACUCUGAGCAUCCUAGACCGCUACUAUAAACCAGAUUUGACAAGAGAGGAAGCAAUACAGCUGCUUAAGAAAUGCGUAGCAGAGCUCGAGAAGCGCUUCAUUCUGAGCUUACCAUCAUUCACAGUGAGGAUUAUUGAUAAGGAUGGGAUCCAUGAUCUGGACAGUAUUCCUGCCGCAAGCGUGUGAUUUUUACCCUUUCCCAGAUGAACCCUCUCCUCCUCCCUUUUUUUUUUAUUUUUUUUUUUCUUACAUCAAUUUCUAUAACUUUUUUGAAACUAGCUUAAAUAAAUUGCUUUGUGCCAGUGACAUAUGAGGCUAGUAAAAUCUCAAAAAGCCUCUUGUUGUUACCAAAGCACUGUAAAUUACAGGGACUCCCUUCAUCUGCAGCCACAGAAGCAAACUUUGUCUGUUGUAUAUCCCUGCUAAUAAACAGGUUAUUAGAAAGUGGUUUGUACUGGCCCUGAAUAUAAAUGUUUUUUUUUAUAUUUGUCUCAGAGGGGAUAUGACAGGGCUAUACAGAUGUAUUAAACUGGCAGGAAUACACAAGAGGUCCUCUAUUGAGAAGUCAAGAAAUGUGAUUUUUGCUUGUAGCAGAGGAAAAUAUGCUUUACAGUAGGAAAAAUAAAGGUAUAAAAUCCUCUGCCCUGCAAGA